AUGUCCCCGACUGCUCCUGCUGAUGGCUCAUAUCCAAAGCGGAAGAGGUCGCAGUCGCGCACUUCAGAAAAUGAGCAGCCUCCAGCGACACGACGCAGGUCCGCGUCGCCUCCACCGCCAGCACGCAUUGUGGACAUGCCAAAGGUCAGCGACGUAGACCCUGUACGGCGGGCAGAACGAGAGCGACAGCUAGCUGCGCGUAUGGCUGCGACUGAGCUCGAGAAAUUGGAGAAGGAGAAAGAGAAGGAAAAGAAGAAGGAGCCCGGGUUCGAUGCCAAAGCUGAGUUUGCCAAGCUUACCGGCACUCGUUCUGGUGGUGUCUACCUGCCGCCAGCGCGUCUUCGUGCCAUGCAGGAGGCGGCAUCAAAGGACAAAGCCAGUGCCGAGUAUCAACGACUCUCAUGGGAUGCGCUGCGCAAGUCUAUCACCGGUAUCGUUAACCGAGUAAACGUCGCCAACAUUAAGCACAUUAUUCCGGAACUGUUCCAGGAGAACCUUAUUCGUGGACGGGGACUGUUUGCGCGGAGUGUUAUGAAGGCGCAAGCAGCCAGUUUGCCGUUCACCCCGGUAUUCGCAGCGCUCGUGGCUAUCAUCAACACUAAGUUGCCCCAGGUCGGAGAGCUGGUCCUCACGCGCUUGAUCAGUCAAUUCCGCAGAGCUUUCAAGCGCAAUGACAAAAUUGUGUGCCAUUCCACGACCACCUUCAUCGCGCAUCUCGUCAAUCAAGGAGUUGCACACGAGAUCAUCGCGCUGCAGAUCCUAGUCUUAUUGCUUGAACGUCCGACUGACGACUCCAUUGAAAUUGCAGUCGGAUUCAUGCGCGAGGUCGGCGCCUUUCUUGCCGAGAACUCACCAAAAGCGAAUGCGACCGUUUUCGAACGCUUCAGGGCUGUGCUCAACGAGGGCACUAUCAGCCAGCGUGUUCAGUAUAUGAUUGAGGUGCUCAUGCAGGUCCGGAAGGACAAGUAUAAGGACAACCCGAUUAUCCCUGAGGGCCUGGAUUUAGUGGAAGAAGAUGACCAGAUCACACACCAAAUCCAGCUGGAGGAAGAACUUCAGGUGCAGGAAGGCCUAAAUAUCUUCAAAUAUGACCCGAACUACCUCGAGAUUGAGGAGAGGUAUAAGUCUAUCAAGACUGAGAUUCUCGGAGAGGGAUCGGAAGAGGAAGAGAGCGGUUCGGAGGAAUCAUCUGAUGAAGACGAGGAAGAAGUCGAAGAAAAGCAAGGCAUUGAGGACCGAACGGAAACAAAUCUGCUCAAUUUGCGCCGUGUCAUCUACUUGACCAUUAUGAAUGCUCUGAACUAUGAAGAAGCCGUUCACAAGUUACUCAAGGUGCAAAUUAAGGAAGGACAGGAGAUCGAAAUGUGCAACAUGAUCAUUGAGUGUUGUUCUCAAGAGCGGUCUUACUCGACGUUCUAUGGGCUCAUCGGCGAGCGGUUCUGCAAGCUCAACCGAGUCUGGAAUGACUGUUUCGAGCAAGCGUUCGGCAACUAUUAUACCACAAUCCAUCGCUACGAGACGAACCGUCUCCGCAACAUUGCUCGUUUCUUCGGUCACCUGUUUGCGACCGACUCAAUAUCAUGGGCGGCACUUGAAUGUAUCAAGCUCACCGAGGAUGAUACCACGUCGAGUAGCCGCAUCUUCAUCAAGAUCAUGAUGAAUGAGGUUACCGAAUCGAUGGGACUGAAGAACGUGGUGGAGAGGUUCGAGGACAAUGAGGUGAAGGCGUGCUGCCGAGGCAUGUUCCCCAUGGACAACCCGAAGGACACUCGUUUCGCCAUCAACUACUUCACGAGCAUCGGUUUGGGCGCUGUCACGGAAGAGAUGCGCGAGCACCUGAAGAACGCACCCAGGAUCAUCAUGGAACAGCGGCGAGCGAUGCUGGAAGCUGAGACAUCGUCGUCGGAUUCUUCGUCAGACUCGGAUUCCGAUGAGGCCUCUUCCGAAUCCGACUCUGAGCCCACCUCAUCAGAGAGCGAGUCAGACUCCUCGCCCCGAAGGCGGCGGACUGUCACUCCUCCACGGAGAGACCGUCGCGAGUACUCACGCACCCCGCCUCGUCGGGAGAGCGGCCGAGGACGUGGUGAUCAGCUCUCUCCUCCACGCCGCGAUCGACGUCCCUCUCCGUCGCCUCCCCCUCAAUACCGGGACGAGCGCGACAGAUACAGGUCGCGCCGUGAGUCGCCACCUCUACGUCGCAGGGACUACACCCCGGACAGACGUGGCCACGAUCGCGCCCGCACGCCUCCACGGUCUCCAUCACCGCCGCCUCGCCGGCGGUAUGACAGCCCAAGGCGCCAAUCUCGCUCGCGCUCGCUGCCUCGGCGCGAUGUGGACAAGGAUGCGAGACGAUUGAGAGAUGACUACGAUAGGAGACGGGAUGAUUUGCAGGACCGUGCUGGACGACGAAACGAUUCAAGGGAUAGAUACGGACGGGAAUCGAGGCGGUGA